AUUUUUUAAUGUUAAAUGUUUUUCUUUUUCUCUAUAAAUGUAGAUCAUAAGUCAUGUGCAGAAACAGGCCAGGAGCUGAUGAGACCAUACUUACAUGAAUUUCUUACAUCAGCAUAUGAGGACUAUGAUAUUGUCAUCUGGUCUGCAACAAGUAUGAAGUGGAUUGAUGCUAAAAUGAAAGAACUGGGUGUGACGGACAACCCAAACUAUAAGAUCACCUUCAUGUUGGACAAUGCAGCUAUGAUCACUGUGCACACACUUAAAAGAGGAGUCGUAGAGGUGAAGCCUUUAGGAGUCAUAUGGGAUAAAUAUAGUGAGUUCUACAACAGAAAGAACACAAUUAUGUUUGAUGACAUUGGAAGAAACUUUCUCAUGAAUCCACAGAAUGGACUGAAGAUCAGACCAUUCAUGAAGGCACACUUAAACCGUAAGAAAGACAAAGAACUCUAUAAGCUGUCUAUGUAUCUGAAGGAGAUUGCUAAACUUGAUGACUUCUCAGGUCUCAACCACAAGCACUGGGAAAGGUACCUUUCAAAGAAGCAGAAUCAAUAACAUCUUCCGCACUGAGGAGAAUCUGCUGUCUAGAAAGAUUUGGUGCUGGAAAUUCCAUCCUUACGAAACAACUGCUGGUCCACAGAUCUGCUUCUCUGUAUCUUGCGUUGUCCAUCUUCAUCUCUUUAUAGUGGUCAUUACUGCAGGACAAAUGUAAUUCUAGCACUUGUAUUACUCAGAACACGGUUUACCUCAACAGGUCAAUAAAUGCAUUCAACAGAAUAAUAGCACUGACUACAUUUAAAACAAGCAUGAUGCUUGUCUUUACCUCACUUAUUGUCUGACACAUUCUUAUAAUUAAUUAAAUAGUAACUUGAUUGGUAACGUCUGAGCAAAUUAUGCGUAUAUAAUUGUUUUUGCAAAAUCUUAGACCAUGCUUAUGCUGGGUACACACCAAAAGAUUUUUUACAUCUUAUAAGAUUUUCAAAAUGUGAUAGACCACAAACAUGAGGAUAAAAUAUCCUUGAUUUAACUUGAUUUUUGCUCCUAUAGUGUGUGAUGUUCCAUGAUGUGACAAAGACAGCACACCACACACAGAGUUGUGUGAUUUUAUACACAACACGUUGUAUAAAAAUUUGUUCUGUUGCCACAAAUCAAAAAGCUGAUCCUCCAUCUCUGCUGUUCACAUAAAUUUCACUUUGUGCUGUGCCAUGACUGCUUCCGUCUUCCAUCAUCUCAUUUUCUGAUUGGAUAUUGUUUCGUCUAACGUGAUAAUCUCCAGAGCGUGCGCACGUUUGUCCUCGGGGUUCCCCCCACACAUCAGGAUUUCUGAUCAUAAAUAUUAAACAUGUUGAUUCUUCCGAUCAGGUUCAGACACUCUUAACACACCUCACACCAAGGGAAAAUCUGAUAAAAUAAUCUGUAGAACCAUCAAGAUAAUCAGGACAUAGCUAGGAUUGUCAGAAGGGGGGAAAUUGGCCCAAAAUCAGCCUGAUUAUCUUUUUGUGUGUACCCAUCAUUAGGUGCAUGUGAGAGUGAGAUCUCAUAGAACUUGAAUGCUACAGGAAGGUGUAAUAGAUCCGUGUUUUCAGUAUGACCAGCAUAACUGAUCGUGUCUUAUUGAAAGAAGCAAUAAUUCUGGACAACAUGAUUCUGUCUGUAUGGCUCUUAAUUCCAAAAAAAUCUCAGACAACAUAAUAGGUUCAAAAAGAUGAACAUGCAUUUGCAUCUUUAUCAGCAGAUAAAACAGUUCUCCAAAUGAACAAUAAUGAAUAGUUGUCAUGUAUGCACGUCCUUUUUUUUUUCGUACGUCCUUUUUUUUUUUUAAAUACAAAACUAAUGUUAAAUGGGUAUUUUUUUUUCUCUUCUCUAGAGCAUUCACAUUGUUUUAGGGAGAAGAAAGAAGUCAUAUCAAAAUAGACUGGCAGAUGAUGAUGAUGAUAAUAUUAUACUCUUCAUUUUUUUAAAUUAUGUGUUGUCAUCAAAGACAGUAGAUAUUAGGUAAACAGUAUUGCAUUUUGUCUAACUGCAUUUCAGACUGUAUUUAAAUGUGCAUCUCAACAAAUCAGAAUGUUGUGGAAAAGUUCAUUUAUUUCAAUAAUUCAACUCAAAUUGUUAAACACAUGUAUUAAAUGAAUUCAGUGCAAACAAAC